UGACAUUUGGUUAUGGCACUAAGAAACAAAUGUAACGGCAUAGAUCAAACGUUCGUCUAGGUAACUCCCACUCCCAACCACAGUAACUAUCAACUCCAACAACGGUAAUUUUACUUGAGUUAACAUUUUUGUACCUCUUAACUUACUUGAUUGUCUUUGGUAGAGAGAGAAAGACAAAAUCCGAAAACCCAGUGAGUGAGAGAUGAGGUUUCAAGCUUGCUAGAUAUGUGAAGGGGUUGCUUGAAGCUCCAAGCUUGGUAGAUCUGGGUACGGGUUUGGAGAUCUGUGAAUCUGUGGUUGUUACAUCUCGCACAAGACGGAGAUGUCUUUGAUUGAAGAAAAUGAUGGUGCUGGUAAUUGCAUUGUUAACUUGAGUGAUGCAAACUGUGUUAGCUUGGCUGAUGACAUGAAUGACCCAGACAUAGCCAUGGUUUCAUUGUCUGGUCGUUCUGACUAUGAUUAUAUGGAUGUUGGGGAGGGUAUGGGGCUGCGGCUGCCUGCAAUCUCCCCUAGUGUAAUUCCCAGGGUUGCACAGGGUUAUUUAUCCCCAAUCAAGACUAUUCGUACUGUUUAGACUGUGGAGAUUGUUGUCUCAACAAAUAAUCAAGUGCCUUAUGUAGUAGAUCCACCGGCAGAGGGUAUGGUCUUCAAAAGCUGGGUGGAUAUUGAGGCCUACUUUAAACAGUAUGCAGAACAACAUGGUUUUGGAGUUAAUAGGGUUUCAAGUGCGUACAAAGACAAAACCAGGGAGCGUAGGGCCAUUACUUGGAGGUGUGAAUGCUGGGGUGCGGCUGAUAUGAGGGCGCAAAGGGAGGCAAAAAAGAGGGCGAAGGCAAUGGAUGUAAGUGGAACCGGGGGCAAUGAGGAGACCUUUGGCUGAAAUUAUGCCUUCAUCUCGACACAGGAGGUGCAUAUGGCACAUUAUGAGUAAGAUUCCCGACAAGCUUGGCAAAUGCAAGUGGUAAGUGAUUUCUUUUCUAUUAUUCUAUUUAAGCAAAUCCAAGUAUACCUUCAUGGACUAGGUAAUUUAGAUGCCUGACUUGACUUUAUAAUGCAUAAAUUUAUCCUGCGCUGAUCAGUAUAAGGUCUUAAACCUUUUUUAGUACUAAUGCAUUUUCAUUUUUCUUACAUCAGUGUAUUGCAUAAAUUCUUCCCUUUUUUUAUUUUUACAUCAGUUUGAAAAAUUAUUGUUAAGAGGUUGUUUAUUUUGCAAUUAUGUUAUAGUGUUGCUGUUAUAAAGUUGAUUGUUAGAAAAUGUGUCUCAUUCUUAAUGUGGGAAAAUUUAUCAUACAUCAUGUAUUGUUUGGAAAAUCAGCAAUGUUACUGAAAUGUAACCCUGCAUCAUGCAUCAAUGUUAUUGAAUUGAUUUUGUUCUUCGAGACUGAUUUAUAAUUUUGUGUUCCUGACAAUAAUUGUUGUACACUGCUUGAAGCUUUGCUGAUUUCCCUUUCAGCACAUGGGCCCUGUAUUUUUUGUUUUAUAGGUUGGGAUUGCAGAAUCAUACUUAAAAAGUUCAUAACAUGCCUAUUUUUGAAUCCAUUAAAGCCAUCAUUUAAUACAUUCUGCCUAUUUGUUCAUAACUUGUUUCAUGUAUAACCUUUGUAACUGUCUGCCUAUUUGUACCCAACUUGUUUCAUUUAUAAUCUCUCAUUUAUAACAUGUUGCCUAUUUGUUCAGAACUUGGUUCAUGUGUAAUCAAAUUUUUAGCUGUCAUGAUUAAUAAUAUGUAGUAUUGGAUGCUGUCAUAAUUAGUUAUAUUUGUUUCCAAAGAUGUUAUUAUGGUUUGAUUUGUUCUGUAUGGUACCGACUAGGUACAAUGACUUUAAAAGUCCUCUUAAGGCUCUGAUUUAUGAAAGCUUUACUGUGGAUGAGUUUGAGCUCCGAUGGUGUGCUUGUAUUAAGAAAUACCACCUUGAAGAAAAUGAAUGGCUUCAGGAAUUGUUCAAUGAGCGUCAUAUGUGGGUUCCAUGCUUCAUGAAAGAGCACUUUUGGGCUGGUAUGAAGACGACCCAAAGGGUGGAGAGCAUUAAUAGCUUUUUUGAUGGGUUUGUGAACUGGAAGACUAAGCUAUUUGAGUUUCCCCAGAAGUACACUAGAGCCAUGACUAAACGAGUUGAAGAUGAAAAUGAAGCUGACGCAAGAUCAACAAAGUAUGUUAGAAGGUUGGUUAGUGGGUUUAAGCUUGAGAGACUUUAUCAAAAAAUUUACACAGAUGCCAAAUUCCAAGAGAUCCAAAAAGAAUUGUCAAGGAUGAUGUAUUGUUAUGGGCGGGAGGAAAGGGUUAUUGAUGAUAAUACUGUCCAUUAUUACCUAUAGGAUUGUGUCUGGGUGGUUCCGGAAGGAUUGAGUGAAGAGGUUAUUACUGACAGAAGGCGCAUCUAUUGUGUGAAGUUCAGUCGAGAGUCAAAAGAGGUGAUGUGAGAUUGCUGUAAAUUUGAAACUUUUGGGGUCUUAUGCAAGCACUGCAUCCGUGUCCUAGAUCAAAACCUUGUGUUUGAUAUACCAGACAAGUAUAUCUUGGACCGGUGGCGCAAGGAUGUUAUAAUAAAGCACACUCAUCAAGGUUUCCUAUCACGAUCCGACCGACACAAAGGAGGUUCAAAGGUUCAACAAGAUAAUGAAUCACUUCAAACCUAUUUGUGAUGAAGCAUCGAUGGUUGAUGAUGAUACAGUUGACAUGGUCAUGUCUGCUCUGUCCAAGCUGAAGAUUGAUGUCAGUGAUCGGAGGAAGAAGUUCAUUGAAGCUAAUGGUGUGAUGACACUCCCUAGCACACAAUAUCCUACUUCCGAAAAAGGAUCGACGAGUAACUUGAAAACUCCAUCUUCUGUCAGAAAACAAUUGAACACAAAUACUCAAGAGGUCAUGGAGUGUGAUGAAGUUCCUGACCAGAUGGCAAGUCAGCACACCCCUUUACCUGAAUUUAGCCAGCACAUACUGGAUCCGAGUGUCAAAAAGAGAUGUCGAGGGAGGCCUAAAGGAUCUCGCAACAAACCCUACUCAGAGACAGGCUAUAAAACCACAAAAAAGAAACAGCCUAGAGAUGCAGAUUUGGAUAUGGAAAUGGAGCUACCUCUGAGUGCUAUGACUCCUAGGGUUCCUGCUGUGCCAGCUAAGGUAAUUGAAUUCUCAUUCUUGACCUACAUUAUGCUACAUUCAGUCUGUUGGGAUUGGUUUGAACCAGUACUUGACACUGCAAUGUGCUGAUUGCUGGGAAAAAAAAUCCAAGAGACAGAGAAGGAAUAUUGCUGUGAAAUUGGCUACAUGUUUUGAAGAAGAAGAUGAGGGUUCAAUGGAAUUCUGAAGACAACCUAGUAGAAUGGUGUUUGCGUGGUGAUGAGGAUAAUUUGUGUUAUGUAAUAUGUACUCUUUUAAAUUCUCAGAACUUUUAUGUAUUGUGAUAGCUUCCAGAUGUUUGUUAUGUCGUCGUAUCGUGUUGCUCCUCAUCGAGUGUAUUGUGAUAGCUUCAGGAUGUUUUUUAAUUUUAGGAUGUUUGUCAUGUUUGUUAUGCGUACUGUCGUGGUUUGUUUGUUUAUUGUAUACUUGUCCGAUUGUUCGUAA